UAUUUUAAAAAAAUCUGUUAUUUUUCAGCUUAUUGCUUACCUUUGGAUGAUGAGUGUGUAGGUUUCUGGUUUAGGCCAAGUGGUUUCUCAUCAAAUGGAGGAAAAGUGGACUUCCUCAGAAACUGAUGGUGCUGGUGGUGAUAAUCCAGAAAACAAAAGGAGAGGUGAUUCUGAUUCUGGUUCAUCAAGUCGUAUCUGCCAGGCUCUUGACAAGCUUGAGUCUGAUUCUACAGUCUCUCUGGAUCUGAGUAGAAAAGAUCUACAGCAUCUAACGGAUGACAUAUACAAGUUACUUAACCUUAGACAUUUGCAUCUGGAAGGAAAUGUCCUGUCUGUAGUUCCUGAGGAUUUCUUUCAAAAUGUGCCAAACCUUGUUUGGCUCGAUCUGCGUUACAACAAAAUUAAAGAGCUUCCCCCUGGAAUUGGAUGCCACAAGCAAUUGAAAACGCUGCUGUUAGAAAGAAAUCCUAUUAAAAGAUUGCCUGUUGAGCUUGGUAACAUAAGUUCACUUACAGCUUUGAAUCUCAGGCAUUGUCCCCUAGAAUUUCCUCCUCUUGAGGUGAUACAGAAGGGCCUGCCAGCCAUUCUAUCCUUCCUUCAAAGGAUGAGUGGUGAGAAUCUUGACUAUAGAGAAGCUGCUACUCCAGAUUUGCCUUCUCCACUACAAGAAGAAGCAAAGGCCAUUGUUAGAGAAUAUAAAAGAAAAUGCGACAAACCACCAGAUCGCAGGAAAGCCUUCAACGAUUUGUGGAGACAGAUGAGCUGCCUUAAAAUUCCUCCUGUUGAAAAGUUAAACUUGACAGACUUCACGAAAUCUAGUUUGGAUUUGUCAGACGGAUGGCCUAAUGAAGAGGAAAUGGUACGGUUUCAGAAGCUAAGAGACGAACUUAUACAAGAUGAAAGAGAGGAGUACCUGGAUAACAAAAUGGUACCCAAUGAAUCCAUGCCUUCGUUAAGAAGACCAAAGACUAAAGAGAAGCUCUCUCGUAAAUCAUCCAUGUUUUCAUGCAGGACUUUGGCAAGAGGCAAGAAGACCCUGUUCCCUGCAGUUUCAUCAUACGAUGUGCUCAUUCAGAGUAAGAAGGUAGAGCAGUGCCGAUUGGCAGCGCUAAAGGAGAUGAAGGAGAAACAAGCUUUAAUUGAACAGCGGAGGAAAGAUAAAGAAGUGCUUCAGAAAUGGAGGAGACGGAGCAGGAUGAUGAAAGAGAAGGGUGUAUCAUACUCAUUCGAUAAAGAAGACACUGAGGUUUCUCGAAACGCACCUUACGCAACAGACAAUAUGAAGAAUCACGACAAGCCGGAAGACUGGAAAGAAACAAGCAAGCAAGAUGAACAAAUGGAGAUGACCCUAAACUUAAUGAAAACAACAGACGAGUUAAGAGCAGCCAAACGCAAGGAAGUGGAGAACCGCAUCAGACAGCACACACAAAUGAUGAAAGAAAGAAGGAAAAGGUUAACAGGGAUCCCUCAAGAGGAUAUGGAGAGAGCAAAAGAAGACUAUGAGAUUGCUGAAAACCUAGAACAGCAGCUAGUAAAUCUGAAAAGAGACCUGAAUCAGGAGUAUCGUUUCACUGCCUUUACAGGAGAAGUGGAACCACCAGAGAAUCCACUGCCUAUCAACAAGCCUCCAAAUAUCUUUUCUAAAAUGACAUUUUAAAUUAUAUUAAAGAGAAUUCGACAUGCAGCAACCACCUACACCAGCUUGCUUUGCAGUUAAUCUGCUUUUAACCAGACUUUCAAAUUUGUCCUUUUCUCCUUUGUUCUUGUUUGUUUUGCUUUGGAAUGUAAAAAUUGGAAUCUUUCACACUCA